UAUUUUGCAAGCGUUCACCACGAAAUUCGGUGACUAACCGAAUAAAAAGUGAACCAAAAAAGCGCCGGUGGUGAGUGAAUUCGUCAGCCUGUUAAAGUUUCACCAUGGGCUGAGGACAUUAGACCUGAAUAAGUUGCCUUAUUGGAUUGUGUCAGGCUGGGUACAUGAAUUUGACUUAACAUACAAAUACUAAAAUUAAUAUCUUAACAUCUAAAAAUAGAUAAUAGUAAAUUUUCAACGAGAUUGCAAGCGAAGUGCCACCCGAGAAGGCACCACUCUCCGAGUAACCGAGUGGCAACGUGGCAAGUGGCAAAGUAGAUAAAGUCGAGAGAGAGAGAGAGAGAGAGAGAGAGAGAGACAGUGGCAACAAUACGUUAAAAAUCCUGGAGUCUAUAUAUAACAAAGUAAAGAUGGUUAUCAAUCUGAAUCCGACAACCUUGACCAAUGCUAAUGGCAACACAAGUCCAAUGGCCAUUAUCAGCCAUGCGGUGAUCGAUGACGUUGUCUAUAUGCAUGUUGUGUGUCCUGGCGAUGAGAUCUCCAAAUGGGUCACUUUGGAGGAGGCACUGGAACUUUGUCCCGCCGCCGUUAUUGCCUACACUCAGCUGACACUGACGCACAUCUUUGGUCCGCCCAUGGAGGAUCAAGAGCCCAGUCUGUUUGACUGAAGCCUGUAGACUGAAGAUUGAAGAUAACACCUCAAACUCCUUCUUUAGCUCGAUCGUUCUGCAUUGUCCGUUGAGUUUUCGAGCCUUUCAUCAUACCCCCCUCCACCACCCAACAAAAGAUAGUCAUCAAAAAAAAAAAAAAAAAAAAAAAAUCAGAAAAAAAAUAGUGAAGUAAUAGUUGAAAGAAUGAAAGAAAGAAGAGUAUCAAAUACCUUAUCUAAAUCAAUUUCCUAUACCAUAGUCCUGAUCCUUUUCCCAAUCCUUUCCACAAUUCCCUUUCCAAAACGUCCAAUUUUCAAUUCCUCUUUCCUAUUUCCUAUACCUUAAACCUUUUCCUAUACCCAUAUUUCUCUUCCCCUUUUUCCUAUUCAUUUCCCCUUUCCUCUCCCUAUCCUACUCUCUUCUUUCUUUCCUCUUCUUUCCCCCUUUGCACCUUAUGCGUGCUGUAAAUUUUUCAAAUUCAAAGUUCAAGCUUUAAAUUUGCGAACACUAAAACACGACACCUAUAAUGAUUGUUUCGAUAUUAAAUUUCGCAUGUACAUAAGUAUUAAAAUAUAUUGUACAUACAAUACUGUUGAGCCAGUUAAA